AUGGUCUCCACGGCCUCUGUCCUCCGUUUUCCCCGUUCAGACGAGGAAGGCAGUUUCGUCCUCGUCAACGCAACCCAGACCCGGACGAAACCUCUCGACCUCAAGCUCGUGGGCACGGAUGGCCUGGCCCCCUAUGUAGCCUCAUUGCGUCAUGAUCGCGUCGCCGCCCUGCUGGUCAAGAACAGCCCCUGCGCCGAAGAGGAGUGGGUCGACAUUCUGUCUGGCCUCCUGACGCAGAACCCCGGCGAGGGCGUUGAGGCCAUCGCCACGGUGGAGAGCGAGGUCGCCAUCACUGUCACCGUGAGGCGGCGUGUCAAGGGUAUCACGCAACGCCUGGGCACGCUGGAGCUCAAGCACAAUGCCGACGAGGAGAUCGAGCUCUUUGAUUGGUGCGGCCUCGCGGCAGCUGCCGUCGUGCAGGCCAACGUGACGCUCGCCGCCGUCACGACCAAGCAGACCGAGCUGGAGGCGUCGGUGUGGCAGCUCAAGAGCCAGCUCGACGAGCUCGUCGAGGCGAAGACUACGGACGAGACGGAACUGCUGCUCAAGUUCCGCGACCUGCUCAACGCGAAAAAGGUCAAGAUCCGCGAGCAGCAGAAGAUCCUCGCCGCCGCCGCGUCUGGCGAUCCGCCCGCCGUCCCCCCGUCACAAACAUCACAGCCAGGCAAGGCGGCCAAGACUGCUGGUCAGGGGCGCACGGCGACCAAGUCACGGGCGUCGAAGAGGAAAGCAGCAGCACCCGCGGCGGAGGACGACGACGACGAGUCAGACGACGGGUUCGAGAAGAUGGACGUCGACACGGCCGUCAGCAAGGAGGCUGACGCAGAAAUGUCUGACCAGCAGCGAGACACGACGGACGAUGAAACAGAGACGGCAAGCGAGCAUGACGAAGACGAAGACGAUGCGGAGGAAGAGGAGGCAAAGCCGGCGCAAAACCCGGCGAGGGUGCAGGAGGACGAUGCGCCGCCGCCUGCGCGAGCCCUGCCGUUCAUGAAGAAGACGGCGAAGAAGGCCGCGCCUGCGCCGCCGCCGGCUGGUAGCGAGACCGAGUCGGAUGAUGAAUUGUAA